CCCGAGGCGCCGGUGAGCGCGCCGCGGAGCCUGGUGUGGGGGCCCGGGCUGCGGGCGGGCGUCGUGCUGCCCGUCCGCUACUUCUACCUGCAGGCCGUGAACUCGCAGGGCCAGAACCUCACUCGCUCGCCCCCAGGAAGCCUGGAUAUUACACUCUUCACUUUACACCUCAGACACUGAGGCUCAGAGAAGCUAAAAUGUUUUGCCUGUGGCCCCACAGCCGUUAAGUGUCAGAGCCAAGAGGAGACACUGAUCCUCUUUCCAUUUAAUGAAACCUCCCGUAAUAUGGUUGUCGUGCAUCAGUUCUCGGUCAAACACUAUUCAAAGUAGUAAUCAAAUCUCUUUCACCUAAAGAGUUAGUCCGGAUUCACGUCCCCAAACCUUUGGACAGGAAUGAUGGGACAUUUUUGAUGCGAUAUAGGAUGUAUGAAACUGCCAGUGAAGGGCUGAAGAUAGAGGUCCUUUAUGGUGAUGAGCAUGUGGCUCAGUCUCCUUAUAUUUUGAAAGGACCAGUGUACCACGAGUACUGUGAGUGUCCAGAAGGGGAUCCUCAGGCCUGGCAGAAAACUCUUUCUUGUCCAACCAAGGAACCACAGAUUGCAAAGGAUUUUGCUUCCUUCCCCAGCAUCAAUCUCCAGCAGAUGCUGAAUGAAGUUCCAAAAAGGUUUGGGGAUGAGAGGGGUGCCAUUGUUCACUACACGAUUCUCAAUAACCGCAUCUACCGGAGAUCUUUAGGGAAGUACACAGACUUCAAAAUGUUCUCGGAUGAGAUUUUGCUGUCACUGGCAAGAAAGGUCCUUCUCCCCGAUUUAGAAUUUUAUAUUAAUCUUGGAGAUUGGCCUCUGGAGCAUCGGCAAGUCAAUGAAAUCCCGGGCCCUUUGCCUAUUAUUUCAUGGUGUGGCUCCCUGGAUUCACGGGACAUUAUCCUUCCAACGUAUGACAUCACCCACUCCACGCUCGAAGCAAUGAGGGGUGUCACCAAUGAUCUCCUCUCUAUUCAGGGAAAUACAGGGCCUUCCUGGAUCAACAAAACCGAGAAAGCUUUCUUCAGAGGUAGAGAUAGCCGAGAAGAGAGGCUCCAGUUGGUACAGCUCUCCAAGGAAAAUCCAGAGCUCCUAGAUGCAGGAAUUACAGGAUAUUUCUUUUUCCAAGAGAAAGAAAAGGAGCUUGGAAAAGCUAAAUUGACAGGUUUCUUUGAUUUCUUUAAGUACAAGUAUCAAGUGAAUGUGGAUGGGACCGUGGCGGCUUACAGAUAUCCAUACCUCAUGUUGGGUGACAGCUUGGUUUUGAAGCAGGACUCGAUGUAUUAUGAACAUUUCUAUAUGGCACUAACGCCUUGGAAACAUUAUGUUCCAAUUAAAAGAAAUCUUAGUGAUUUACUAGAGAAAGUUAAGUGGGCCAAGGAAAAUGAUGGAGAAGCCAGGAAGAUUGCAAAAGAAGGGCAGCUGGCCGCGAGGGAGCUGCUGCAGCCACACCGGCUCUUCUGCUACUAUUACGGAGUACUCCAGUUGCCUUCCAACAUGCAUUUCAGAAAUACGCGGAGCGCCAGUCCAGCAAACCGAAAAUACGUGAUGGGAUGGAGCUCGUUCCUCAGUCAGAUGAUAACGUGUCCCCGUGCCAGUGCCUCCGGGAAAGACCUUCCAGAGAAGAGCUUUAAGUCAGCUCCCAUCGACAGUCCUGCAAGUGCCAGCGACAGGUUGAAGGCAAGCCUUCAGACAGAGGCCGGGCUGCGGUGAAUGCAAUCGAGGAGACUCACGUGGACAGGCAGAGCAAGAUGAGAGCAAGUGUUACAGGUCUCUUUGAAUAUAAUUUUCCGUUGUGUAAAAACCUCCAUCAUCAACAUCACAGUUUCUCGAAACAGAAAACUUGCGGGUCACUGUGGACAGAGAGGCUUUGCCAGAAUAGAAAUCAUUCCCUGUGAAAUGAUUUCCACCAUAUUUCCUAGUUUGUUCACUUUUCCCUCUCCCUCUUCCAACUAUGAAGAAAAAAUGUUGGUGCAGGUUCCUCCCCUCUUAUUGAAUAAUUUCUCCUCCUACAAGCUGCUUUGGACAUUCCGUAAUAGCAAACCUCCUCUUGGAAGGUCUGAUAAGGAUAAUUAAGGAAGAAGAGCAUGGCUCCCUUGUUGAAGGUAGCUGGGAGACUGUGGAGGCCACAUUUUUAAAAAUUCACUCAUAUGUUUUUAGCUAAGUUUUAUCAAGGCCUGAGACAAAAUUAAGGAGAAAUUAUGCCAUAAACUAGAAAUUCCCAAUCUAUCAGGGUAGCACACCCAUCGAGGACAACACAAUUAUUAGUAGAUGAGAACAUUCUGUGGGUACUACCCAUUAUCUAUGUUGAAUAGAUGGAAGAUAACAAGAGUCAGGUGGAGCUCUCUACUACUUUGUUGAAUCCUAAAAGGGACACUUGAAAACAGGUGCCAGAAGCAGUAGGAAGCCUGGUACCUUCGGAAUUCACCAGUAAGCGGAUAAGAAAGGCAAGCAUCCUAACUGCACCCCUCCUCUGUUUCAGUGCAUUGCUGCAAGAAAAACUUUAGAAAUUUCCUUUGCUUUUUUGGACAGGGUCAAGACUUAAGACUUAUAACCCAGAAAUCCAUUACACACUCCUUGUAAAACCACUAAUCCAAGAUCCACUCUACUAAGGAGCACACUCCCAAAGCAAGAGUUAGCUAUACUCCCAGUCUAAAAAUAUUUACUCCCCUAAUUGAAAUAUUUACUUAAUCUGAAAAACAGUGUAACCACUUUAUAGUUGUCAUAUCCUUUCAUGAGGUCAAGAAGAACACAGAAUUGCAUAACUAGACGAGAGCAUAGAACAGUAUCAUCAAAACCAAGUAUUCAAGGGAAACACCCACCAACUGUUCAAAAGUACAAGGUCACGAGUACAAAAUAAAGGGCAGCUGUCCUAAGACCAUAUGCUAACGAAGCCAUGUCCUGCAUUUAUUGUAAAUGGAGUUUGGGGCUUGUCAAAACAAAUGACUGAAAGAAAAUUUGCCCUCCUGCCCACCAAACCAGGUUCUUCCUUGUGGCUGAUGGCAUCUUGUUAGAAACAUCUUAAAUUUUUAAAAUGCCCAUCACCUGCUGCCAAACAAGCCUGAUAGUUUAAAGUGAACUGAGCUACACCACAUAGUUCUGAGCAUGGAACAGGAAAAGGACGGUUUUAAGAAAUAAAGUGGAGUCCUCAAAAAAUUCCACAGGGGGGCGCCUGGGGUGGCUCAGUGGGUUAAGCGGCUGCCUUCGGCUCAGGUCAUGAACUCAGAGUCCUGGGAUCGAGUCCCGCAUCGGGCUCUCUGCUCAGCGGAGAGCCUGCCUGCCUCUCCAUCUACUUGUGAUUUCUCUCUGUCAAAUAAAUAAAUAAAAUCUUUAAAAAAAAAAAAAUUCCACAGGGAGUGAGCAGUCAAUCUAGAUAAUUUUCCAUCUGCCCAGCUCAGACAUAAUCUCUUAAAAAAAAUAGUUUUACAUGGCUUUCUGGUUUGUUCACACAAAUAACUUAAUAAAAUUGUUUUGCUAAAACCCUGAUUUUUUUCCCCUUUGAACUCACACAGUAUCUACAUAUUCCAUUAGUCGCUUUUAAUACUUCACUUGUCCUUUAAAAAAUCUGACUUUUAAAAGGAAGAGAGGGGUGUAAAGAUAUGCAGGUAAAUACAAUAAGUGCUUUUCUCUAAAUAAGCUGCCAGCAUGUUCAUUGCUGUAUUGCUUUUAUUAGUAAAAUAUUGGAAGCACCUUAAAUAGUUUUCAUGCGGGAACUAGCUAAAUAGUUAUUGAUAUAUAAAGGACUGCAGUACAACUAUUUUUUUAAAAGUAGCUCUAUAUGUACUAUCAUGAAAGAUUUCCAUUACAGUAUUCAGUGAAAAAAUUAAGUUACAGAACAACAUGUAUAAUGUGAUACCAUGAAUGUAAAAAACAAAAAUAUAUUUGUGUGCUUGAAAGUUUGGAAGGAUUUUAAUAAUAUCUGAGAAAGAGAUGGAUAGAAGGGAAUUACUUUUUGCUGUAUACCUGUCUAUAAUAUUUGUUUUUACUACAAGUAAGAGUCAUAUUGUAAAAUAAAGAAAAAUGUAAACCUAGGAAAAGACUCUAAAUGCACAAAAGAUAUACGUAAGAAAAUGGAUAUUUAUAUUUUCCAGUAUGCUUUUUAAAAUCUACUCUCUAGAAUUUUAUAUCAUGGGACAUAUUAUAUAUACUUUUUAAAUAAAGUAAAUUUUCUAAAUAAAA